AUUUCACACUAUGUGCUGACUGUAUCUACAGAAGAUAUUAAAAAAAAAAAAGAUAAACUUUUUCAAAGAUUUUGAUUCCAGUGGAAUCUUUGCUUUAGAUUUUUUUGUGUGUAUGUGUGUUAGUGAAUUGUAACUCCAGAAGCAAUGCCUGUACAAGCUCCACAAUGGACGGAUUUCCUCUCCUGCCCAAUUUGCACUCAGACUUUCGACGAAACGAUUCGAAAGCCCAUCAGUUUGGGCUGUGGCCAUACUGUCUGCAAGAUGUGCCUGAAUAAACUCCACCGCAAGGCUUGCCCAUUCGACCAGACCACUAUCAAUACAGACAUUGAGCUCCUCCCCGUGAACUCAGCAUUGCUGCAGCUAGUGGGUGCUCAGGUCCCUGAGCAGCAGCCCAUUACUUUGUGUAGUGGGGUUGAAGAUACAAAGCAUUAUGAGGAAGCUAAGAAAUGUGUAGAAGAAUUAGCAUUGUACCUGAAACCACUCAGCAGUGCUAGAGGAGUGGGUCUGAAUAGCACUACUCAGAGUGUCCUGAGCCGCCCAAUGCAGAGGAAGCUUGUGACUCUGGUCCACUGCCAACUAGUGGAAGAAGAAGGCAGGAUUCGUGCCAUGAGGGCAGCUCGAUCUUUAGGUGAACGAACAGUUACAGAGCUCAUUCUCCAGCACCAGAAUCCUCAGCAACUCUCUUCUAAUCUUUGGGCAGCAGUUAGGGCCAGGGGCUGCCAGUUCCUUGGUCCAGCAAUGCAGGAAGAAGCUCUAAAGCUGGUUCUGCUAGCCUUAGAAGAUGGUUCUGCUUUGUCAAGAAAAGUAUUGGUUCUCUUUGUGGUGCAAAGAUUGGAGCCACGAUUUCCUCAAGCUUCUAAAACUAGCAUCGGACAUGUAGUUCAGCUCCUUUAUAGAGCCUCCUGCUUCAAGGUCACCAAACGUGAUGAAGACUCUUCCUUGAUGCAACUGAAAGAAGAAUUUAGAACCUAUGAAGCUCUGCGGCGAGAACAUGACUCCCAGAUAGUGCAGAUUGCUAUGGAAGCAGGCUUACGAAUUGCACCAGACCAGUGGUCAUCUUUGCUUUAUGGAGACCAGUCCCACAAAUCUCAUAUGCAGUCCAUUAUUGACAAGUUGCAGACCCCAGCCUCCUUUGCACAGAGUGUUCAGGAACUAACAAUUGCUCUCCAGCGGACUGGAGACCCAGCAAAUUUGAACCGACUAAGACCCCAUCUGGAGCUGUUAGCAAACAUUGACCCUAGUCCAGAUGCUCCUCCUCCUACUUGGGAACAGCUAGAAAAUGGACUGGUUGCUGUACGUACAGUAGUACAUGGGCUGGUUGAUUAUAUCCAGAAUCACAGCAAAAAAGGAGCAGAUCAGCAGCAGCCUCCACAGCAUAGCAAAUAUAAAACAUACAUGUGUCGAGACAUGAAGCAGAGAGGCGGAUGUCCACGUGGGGCCAGCUGUACAUUUGCACACUCCCAGGAGGAACUGGAAAAAUUUCGUAAAAUGAACAAACGCCUGGUUCCCAGAAGACCCCUGAGUGCCUCUUUGGGUCAGCUUAAUGAGGUGGGCCUGCCAUCAGCAGCUAUUCUUCCAGAUGAAGGUGCAGUGGAUCUGCCCAGCAGAAAACCCUCGGCUCUGCCAAACGGAAUUGUAUCAACAGGGAACACAGUAACACAGCUGAUUCCACGAGGGACGGACCCCGGCUAUGAUUCUAGUCUGAAAUCAGGAAAGAUGGAUCAUAUGAGCAGUAGUGCUCCUGGAUCCCCUCCUGAUCUGCUGGAAUCCGUCCCUAAGAGUAUUUCUGCCUUACCUGUGAAUCCACAUCCUGUACCACCAAGGGGGCCAGCAGAUCUGCCUCCCAUGCCUGUCACCAAACCGCUUCAGAUGGUACCACGAGGUUCUCAGUUAUAUCCAGCACAACAGGCAGAUGUUUAUUAUCCAGAUCCCCGGGGAGCUGCUCCAGCAUUUGAACCAACACCUUAUCAGCAGGGUAUGUACUAUACAACUCCACAACAAUGUGUCUCUCGCUUUGUCCGACCUCCACCAUCUGCUCCUGAACCUGGUCCUCCCUAUUUGGAUCAUUAUUCACCCUACCUCCAAGACCGUGUAGUAAGCUCUCAGUAUGGUGCACAGCCACAACAGUACCCACCUAUGUACCCACCUCACUAUGAUGGCCGCCGAGUCUACCCUGCUCAGCCUUAUGCGAGAGAGGAGAUAUUUCGAGAAAGCCCCAUACCUAUUGAGAUUCCACCUGCAGCAGUACCAUCCUAUGUACCUGAAUCCAGAGAAAGAUACCAGCAAAUGGAGGGUUAUUACCCAGUGGCUCCUCAUCCAACUCAAAUCAGACCGUCAUACCUCAGAGAGCCUCCUUAUAACCGGCUUCCUCCUCCUCCCCAGCCCCAUCCUAGUCUAGAUGAGCUACAUCGCCGACGAAAGGAAAUAAUGGCCCAACUAGAGGAAAGAAAGGUUAUCUCUCCACCUCCUUUUGCACCUUCACCAACCUUGCCUCCUACCUUUCAUCAAGAGGAAUUUUUGGAUGAAGACUUGAAGGUAGCUGGGAAAUACAAAGGAAAUGAUUAUAGCCAAUACUCUCCCUGGUCAUGUGAUACCAUCGGCUCCUACAUUGGAACCAAAGAUGCAAAACCCAAAGAUGUUGUGGCAGCAGGGAGUGUGGAAAUGAUGAAUGUGGAGAGUAAAGGAAUGAGAGACCAGAGGUUAGAUCCUCAAAGAAGAACAGCAGAAACGAGUGAUGAUGACCUUAUCCCAUUUGGAGACCGGCCAACAGUAUCUCGAUUUGGUGCCAUUUCUCGAACUUCCAAAACAAUAUAUCAAGGUGCAGGUCCAAUGCAGGCCAUGGCACCACAGGGAGCUCCCACAAAAUCUAUUAACAUUUCAGAUUAUAGUCCAUAUGGAACCCAUAGUGGCUGGGGAGGUUCUCCGUAUUCACCUCAUCAAAACAUACCUUCUCAGGGACACUUUAGUGAGAGGGAGAGAAUAUCCAUGUCUGAGGUUGCCAGUCACGGAAAGCCUCUUCCAUCUGCUGAGCGGGAACAGCUGCGACUGGAAUUGCAGCAGCUGAACCAUCAGAUUAGCCAGCAGACCCAGCUACGUGGAUUGGAGGCCGUUAGUAACAGGCUGGUGUUGCAGAGGGAGGCGAACACCCUGCCAGGCCAGACACAGCCCUCAGCCCCACCUCCCAAGUGGCCUGGAAUGAUCUCAAGUGAACAGUUAAGUUUGGAACUACACCAGGUGGAAAGGGAAAUCGGAAAGAGAACCCGGGAACUGAGUAUGGAGAACCAGUGUUCUCUGGACAUGAAAAGCAAAUUGAAUGCAAGUAAGCAAGCAGAAAAUGGACAACCAGAACCACAAAGCAAGGUUCCAGCCGAGGAUCUUACAUUGACAUUCAGCAGUGAUGUACCGAAUGGAUCAGCCUUGACACAAGAGAAUAUCAGCCUCCUGUCAAACAAGACCAGCUCCCUGAACCUGUCAGAGGAUCCUGAGGGAGGAGGGGAUAACAAUGACUCCCAGAGAUCAGGAGUUACUCCCAGUUCUGCUCCCUAAUACAUAAGGAGUCCUCCUUUUAUCUUCUGCUCCUAGUCAAUUUAUGGGGCAUGGGAGUAGGAGAAUGGAUAACUUCUAAACUUUCUCCAAGAGUGGUCCGAAAAAUCCAGGAGAAACGCCCGGAGGCAAUGUGCACAAACACCACUACUAAAAACAAGCCCUGCACAUAGUUCACAUUAAUGCAUUUUUUUAAUUUAAAGAAAAAGAAAAAGAAAAUUAGCAGUAUCUGCAAGCAAUUCAGAUUAAAUUUGUUUUUGUUCUGUGAAUGAACUUUAUUUUAAUAACUUUGGACGCCUUGGAUCCAGGGCUUUAAAAAAAAAGAAGAUAUUAUAUAUACACUCUGUUUGAUUAAUUGUAUGAUCUUAAUGAAGUAGGUUUUUCUUGUAUUUUGGUAUUAUUACAUACCCAGUGUAUAAUUCCUUACCCCCUAUCCUUUUCAACUGUCACCAUCCCAUAAGCUGAAACAGACAAAAAGCACCAGCCUUCCUGAGAAUUCUGUGGUGCUUGGGAAACAACAGAGGGAUGUUAGACUGAGUUAUUAGAAAAUGUGCAGCAAACCAACUCCAGGGCUAUUCUGUGGAAUUUUUUUCCUUUCUAAAUCAGCAGAUUCAUGGAUAGAUAUGUUUUUCUUAUGAACAAUUUUUUUUUUUAGAUUUUAUAAUUUUUAUUUAUCCUCCAAGAGAAGAUUAUCGGAUAAUUUUUAAGCGUUUCCAUUCCCAUAUGAAGGACUCUUUGUAUUUUCUUAAUAUAAUCAGAAAACAGAUUCAGUGUUUGGGUUAUUUUGAGUCUGUUUAAAUGAAGAUUACUUCGGGAAUGAACUAUAACUUACUAGCGCUGAAAAUACAUGGUUGGUGUAUUGCUUGUGUUGAGCUCAUGGUUGUAAACUUGGAGAUGUGCUUCCCAAAUUAAAUUUUCACUGAAGUCAUAGAAUGCUCAAAAUCGGGGCAGUCCACCAUGUUUUAAAACUGCAUCACUUGACUUGAACUUCAAAUGAACAGUCACAUUAUUUCAGUGGACGUUUUUGUUUUACACUCAAAAUCUAAAAGUAUAAAAUAAAGUCCCUGGGUACUAGAACUUGCAAAGAGAUGUGGCAACUAUGAUAUGCCCGAGUACUUUUUUUUUUUUUUUUAAUUUGUUUUUGCUUUUUGUUUUUUAACUGCCCGGGUCUUAAGGAUUGUUUACAAAUUGAUUAUUUGUUGCUACUCAGAAUCAUUAACAUAAGCAGGUAGUAAAUAUUACCUCAAAGUCAGUUUCAUAGACUUGACUUUCCAGUACUGAGAGAUUGCUUCACAAAAAAAGAUUGAAAACAGUAAGGAAGGAUUUUUUUAUUUUUAUUUUUUAGUUCUGCUGCACAUAUUCUGAUGCCAUGUGUCUACUUAUUUGAGAUUCCGUGAAACAUAUUUAGUGGGGAUUGUUUCAUGUAGUCCAUUCUUUCCAUCCCUCUGCCUGCCUGAUUUUUUCAAUUGCCCUUUCUGGAUUAUACUACUAAAUCAGAAAGCACUGGUUAUGUAAUAAGUUACUGCAUUGCUUUGGUUGGGUAAAAGCAAGAGUUUAUAUUUUUCUUGUUUCUUAUUUUCUUAACUCUUAACUUCUGCUGAGGUUAUAACCACCUCAGUCUAAGCUCUGUGUCCAUCAUACUGUUAACUGAAAUGAAUGGGGGGGUGUGGGGGUAACACAAUCCUGCCAUUGCCUACCAGUAGGAGAGUCCAAACAGAACACUCAUGUGAGUAGCGAUUGUUUAAUUUGCCCAGUCAAGGCACCGUGUUUAUAUACUAUUUCACAUUGAAUUUGAUUAUGCCCUACAGACCUGGCUGGUCAAGGAUUUGAUAUACACAUAUUGGCUUGGGAUUCGAGCUUUCUUUUUUAUUUAAAUAAAAAUUUAUAUAUAUAUUAUAUAUAUACAUAUAUACAUAGCUAUAUCUGUAUAUAUAUUGGGUAUGUUUUAAGGAUUUUUUCGCAUGAGCGCAGCUGUUGCGAUACAAUGACUGAUUGGGAGGUAGAAGCACUGAAUGAAGGUGAGGCAUUUUUUCAGUUGAUAUAUACAUUUCCCUUUUGUUUUUAAAUACAUUUGUGAAUUUUUUUAUUUUUUGCUUAUUUUGCUUUUUUAACUUCUAUUUAAACCUCUUGCAUUUAUAUUUUAAUUGCUUAUUGUGUAUUGGGAGAAGGAAAGAAACUUUUCUACGACUUAUAUAAUCCUGAGAUUUUUCCAUUUCUCUACAUAACCAAAAAAGGCAACAUUAUUGACCUCCAACCUUCAAUACGCAGUUUUGGGCGGGUUUUAUUUCUUCUUUGGAUAUGUCAGAUAACUCCUGCCUUUUAGAAGCACUUAGAAAUUUAGAAUGAUUCUGGUAUUGGGAGUGAAUUUAUGGGUAUUGAUUUUGUUGAAGUUUAGAAUAAAGGUAAAGUUCUAUCUUGGGUAUGUAUUGAAAUUCCUCUUAACUCAGUUUCUGUUACUGUUUUUAUUUCCUUCAAAUACACUCAUUCUUGCUUUUGCCAUUUUGAAUUUGUGAGCUAAGCAGGAGCAAGGAUUAAUUAACACUGAUUUCCUAUUUUGAACAAAACCAAAAUAGCCACUGUUUAGACUUGACUUAAAACAGUAUCUUUCUCUUUUUAUGUAUUUUCAUUUGGGGAAAAGAAAUAUCUUAAAUUGUAGUUUGAAUUCUAGCUAUAGUCCUUGAAGGCUCCACAUUCAAGAAGCAACCUGGUUUGGUAGAAGAACGGUAUACUGUCCUAGUAUGCCUAUCAUUUAUCUAGUUUAAAUGGUCAUUCCACCUUACCUAAUGAAAAUUCUUACAGCUCUUCUAGUGCUCGUCAAUGAGUUUAAGAACUGUUUGAGUCCUUAACUGUUUUUUUGUCUUUUUUUUCCCCCAUCAAAAUCUGAAAGGCAUUGAUUUUUACUGACUUUUUAAUUUUAUUUGUGCUUUUAGAAGAAGUUAGAGCAGAAACCAAUCAGGAAAUAGAGUUUUUAUGCUUUUUGCUUAUUAAAACAUUAAUUUAUUUCAAAGAGGACUUUCCUUUUCACCGAAUUGAAAAAAAAAAAAAGACUUGGACACCUCAGAUGAACAAUUCUGAAAAGGUUAAGGUAGGAAUGUUUAGCAUUGUGUUCACUAUUAUUUAGAUAACAAAACCAGGACUUCAUUACUGUGAGAUACAUAAAAGUACUUUGAGUUAACUCUUUCUUAAGAGGUCUCUGGGGGAAGGUAAAAGAACUAAAAAUAAGACAUCUAGAUUCAGUUUCCUAUCUUACAUGUAGUUCUUUUGCCUAAUUUAUAGAUGUUGUCUAAGUCCAGUAACUGCCCUAUUUACAUAAUAUACAGAGGCUGAGGUGACCAAAGAGCCAUUCUUAAUUAUUUUUCUAAGUAAAAUAAUAGUUACCACAUAGAUCUCUAGUAAUAUUAAUCAAAUGAAAAGAUACUGUUACUAAUGCCACCUGCAAAUAU